AUGGGAUAUUGUAUUACAAAGAAGAGUUUAUGCGAUGGUAUUGUGAACUGUGAAGACAGGAAAGAUGAAGAUAUUUCUCAUUGUCAGGCUUUUAUUGAUAUGAAAGAUUCAAACAGUCCACUACUUGUUGUUAAUGGUGAUUUGAGUGAUGCUAAUAGCUGGUUAUCAGGUUUAUUGUCACUUGGUAUGCCGGCGUCUAUUGCUAUAGCUGUCAGUACAAUUGUUAUUCUUACAUUGGGUAUUGGAGGUGUGAUAUGUUGUUGUCACCGUUGUUGUCUAAUGAAUCAAACAUAUAAUAAUCAGUAUUCAAAUAAUAAACUUGCGAUUAGAAAUGGUGGAAUUUUUUCAGAUACUUUCAGUCGUUCCAUAACUGCAACAAAUAAUAAUUAUGGUUAUUCUAGAUCACAGCAUCUAGGUAUAAUAUCCGUCAAUGCUGGUGCACAGUCACAGUUAUCAGAUCGUAUAGAUUUGAUAUCUCAUAUAUACGGUGAUCAACAGAAGAUUGCUAGGAAUUGGCAACAGAGUGUCUUCUUUCCUUCAGACAUAUUGAUGACAGGGUGGAAAGCUUUUCACCACGACAUAACUAAAAAGAAUCCUGAUCACACUUUUAUGCAAACUCCUUUGAAGCUACCACUGAUAGAUAGGCAUUAUCCUUUGUUAAAUCCUCCCAAUGAAACUAUGCGGUCCCAGUAUUUUGUUUCUGUUGGUCAUCAUGGUAGUGACUCCUAUUCGUCAACUAAUAGCAAUCCAGCCAUAGUAUGUGAUCUUCAAAAUGGUCAACCAAGGCCUCCUCCUGCUCUAAUUCACGGGGCCCUAAACAGUCCAUGCACCUACAGAAGAGAUCCAUUGUAUUAUACACCACCACCCUAUUGGGCAUUUACUGUUCCCCCUGCCAGCAGUGUAACAGCAAGUAGCAGUCGAACUGGGACAACUAGCAGUGGUCCACGUGAAUCUGUAAAGUCAGGAUGUAAUCAAUCAGUUCCUACAGUGGGAUAUAACACUUCAGGGAAUGGAAGUGGUAUUGGAAUAUGUAAUCAACAGUUAGAUGGAGUAGAAUCAGUAUUACAUACUAAUAUAUCACAUGGCGGUGACCAUAGCUUGAAUGGCGGUAUCCUUUAUUUGGGUAACAUGUACAAACCUUUAUCUCCAGAAAAUUCCAGUUUAUUUCAAGUAGAGAAUCUUGCUCGUAGUUCAGUUACUACUACCGGUAGCGGUAGUUCAUGUGAUCGAAAAUCUCAUCACUAUUUUCUUAGAGAAAUGAAGUCUCAUCAUGACGACACUGACGCAUAUCUACAGAGAAAUCUUCACCAACAGUCUACUUAUGAUUUAUUUAAGAACAGCUCUAGACAUUCAAAAACAUCCUGUCAUCGUCAACAUCACCAUCAUCUAAAACAUAAGUCAUUUGAUCCUAAUCGUACUAUUUCAAUUGGUUCACAUACACCAGCUAGCUCACGUUCUGGUGCUUUGCCUAAUUUACCCCAAUUAACUUGUGAUGCCCAUGAACAACCUUUUAGUCGAUUUCCAAUAUCUACUGUAACAACUAGUUCUAGUGAUACUGGACCAUCAAACCACCAACCUAUAGUAUUCCCUGUACAGCUGUAA